ACAGACAAACGGUAAAGAACAAACUGAGACAACUGUUUCAUAUCAUUCAUAUGGAUGCAGUGGUAAAGAAGGUAUCAUCGGCUUGCAUGUGGUGUAAGGUUAAUCGCAAUCGUCCGCGAGUUCCCCGAGAAGCACCGUUGCCGGUGCAACGUUUAACACCAAGUCUUCGUCCAUUUAGUUUUGUUGGAGUAGACUACAUGGGACCGUUCGAAGUGACCGUGGGACGCAGAAGAGAGAAACGGUGGAUAGCACUAUUCACCUGCCUGGUUACGCGGGCGGUGCACCUUGAGGUUGUGCAUGGACUGACAACACAAUCGUGCUUGAUGGCGAUAAAUCGUUUCAUUGGACGACGAGAUUGGCCAAUAGAGUUUCUGUCGGAUAACGGGACCAAUUUCCAAGGGGCAAGCAAAGAGCUGGCGGCACUCAUUAAGGACAUCGAGUUUGAUUGUGCGGACGAGUACACAAACGCUAAAACGAAAUGGACGUUCAAUCCUCCCGCUUCACCCCACAUGGGAGGUGUGUGGGAACGCUUAGUCCGCUCGGUAAAGGAGGCACUGAAAUCGUUACAUGAUGGCAGGCGACUUACGGAUGAAAUCCUUCAGACGGUGAUUGUGGAAGCCGAGGACAUGAUAAACUCCCGACCUCUCGCAUAUACGUCUCAGGAGUCUGAGGAAGCAGAAGCUUUGACUCCAAACCAUUUCUUGCGUGGCCCCCCCUCGAAGCGACAAGACGUAGGUAUUCCGCCGGCAAAUCCUAGUGAAGCUCUGCGGGAUGCGUACAAACGAUCACAACAGUUGGCUGGUGAGAUGUGGCAGCGUUGGAUUAGAGAAUACGUCCCCACUCUGAACCAACGCACCAAAUGGUUUGGUGAAACGAAACCGUUGAAGGCGGGUGACCUGGUCUACAUCGUCGAGGGAAACAACCGAAAGUGUUGGGUUAGAGGAAUAGUAGAGGAGCCUAUCAUAUCCAGAGAUGGUCGCAUUCGACAAGCAUGGGUGCGUACGCGAACUAAGCGCUACAAGCGUGCAGUAGCGAACUUGGCUGUGCUGGAGUUAGAAGUAGGUAACACCGAACCGAAAGUAACUUCCGGACCUGGGUUACGGGCCGGGGAAUAUGUUGGGAACACUGCCAACCUGCUACCAAGCGAUGCGUAAAAUACCACAGGGAUCGAGGUGACAGGAAGGAACGUCAAGGUAGUAGAGUAAAUAAAUAUCGAAGUUGUCAUAGAGAGAUAACAGGAAGGAGAAGAAAAAAGUAAAGGUUAAAGCGAAAGAUUGUUUAAUAAAGUUAAGAUAAAUUCAGUUGAAAAGCGAAGUGUUUGUUGGAAAAAUUCUAAUAAAGUAAGGAAGCGGAGUCAGUGCAGGUUGUUUCUGACAGGCACCUAUCGAUUGAUAGUUAAAAAUCAACAAACAACUCUAGUGGACGGAAGGACUGUCUGAGACGAUUCGAGAAUUAAAGUCGAGAGACAUUAAGUCUGUGGAAUAUUCGGACAGAGCACAAUUAAAAUCCGUACGAACUACAACUACAUCGAAAGUUAGGUUAGCACGAGUACAGUCAGUAGGACGAAAACGUGUAACGCUAAUCGGUGGUUAAUUUAACAUCAAAUUAAACAAUCAUAAAUCAGGAGUAUUUGGAAGAGUUAAAAAUACACGAAACACUAAUUCUUUGAUCGGCUAGUUAAACGUCGAUUGUCAAGGAGGU